UCUUGAAGAGCAGUCUGGACGAUCUGGCGGGGCUGGAUGCGCUCUUUGGCGAGAUGAAGCAGGGACGGCAGUUUGGAAAGCUGGUCUUGGAGUUUGCGGAUGCGGAAAGCAAGCUGUAGCUCUUUCCUAACACACUUCACAAUACUUCAACAACACUUCCAGGUUGCUUCUUGUGGACUCUCUCAACAUUGUUAACCUAAAUCGAAUCAAACAUUUGUUAGCAUUGUACCACCAUGGAUCAUAUCACCUAUCUGUAUGGCCCCGGCAUGUCCUUUUAUCUCGAUCCAUUUUCUCUAGAGCCCCAACCACCCCUCACGAGUUAUUCGCUUGCCCUGGCCGCGCUCGAGAGUAGCAACCACGACCUCGAAGCCAAGGUGUCCAAGAUCUUCUCCAACCUGCAGGACCUCCAACGCGACCUGUCUCGUGUCCAGCGGCACGCAUUGGCCUUCCACCACGAGCUCCUCGUCACCUGGCAGGCGGAUAUCCUCACCCGGUUGAUCGAGGUCGUAUACUCGUAUCUUGGGCGGAAGCUGCCCUUUGGCGGGGGCGCACAUCAGACUCUUCCAGACGACGAGCAGCAGGCCCCUCCCCCUCAUCCUCCUCCAGACCGCGAGCUGAUGACCCGCGCGUACGUCACGGCGGCGGAGAGGAUCCAGAAGCAUGUGCUUCGUCGUCAACUUGGCUUGUCGGCGCGGUACCACUCGGCUUUGAGGAAGUAUAGUGAGGUCGCCGAGUUCCGCAGCUCCGACCCUUUCCACACGGAGCAGGCCUUUGCACAAUGGCUGGUGAGUAUUCGCGGGAAGAGCUCGGGCUCGUAUGGAUUCUGGGCCAAGCUAUUUCCCAUCUGCUAUGGGCGAGGGGUGGACGAGAGUGCGCAGCAGUCUGUGUAGUGUUAGCAGCCGGUGUCGGCAGGACAGUUU